AUGGGAUCUCAACCUUCGAAGCCAGAUGAGGUAAAAGUUUUCCAACCACAGACUCAGAUUGAUUUUUCAGAAGCUUUGUUGGCUCAAUUGGAGUCUUCUAAAGAGAGCAAUUUCAGUAGGAAACAACUUGCAGAACGUUAUGUUGAACAAAAGGUCUCUGAUAGAUUAUCGGAAUUGGAAGAAGAUACUUUAAAGAAGUUUGAAAGCAAACUGGAAAAUUCACUAUUGAAGAAUGAACCAUCGGAGGGCGAUGACUCUUCCUUAUCUUCCAAUGCAUUGAAUGAAAAAAUUGAAAGCUUGAACAAGAAAUUGCAAGUGUUCAAUGAUAACGACAAUUCCAAGAGUGAGAAGUACUCCAAGGAUAAAACUAGAACAGCCCUGCAUAAGUGUCUCCUGGAGAACAAGGGCAAACCACUAAAUUGUUACCAAGAAAUAGAACAAUUCAAGAAACUGGUAUUAGACCUAGAUUGA